UUCACACACAACCAGAUAAAUAUCACAGUUCAGUGUGUUUCAGAUCAAUCUGAGGGUUUUCAGACAUUUUAAGAGUCACUAUCGUGGGCUUUUCAGUGAAACGAUGAAGAAAAUGUUCCUCAAGUUAGUUUUGCUCUGUUUGUGGCGUCUGGAUGGAGUGUUUGGUGCUGAAGAGAAGAUAGUGUUUGUGGGCGAUUCAGUCACUCUAAACUUUGGUCUUACUGAACUGAAGGAUGAUGAUGUGAUUCGGUGGAGCUUUAAAGACACUUUAAUAGCUGAAAUCAAUAAACGGGCCGACAGAUUCACUGUAUAUGAUAAUGUUGGUGAUGGGAGAUUCAGAGACAGACUGAAGCUGGACAAUCAAACUGGAUCUCUGACCAUCACAAACAUCACAAUGAAACAUGAUGGAGAUUAUCACCAAGGGAUCAACUAUAGGAGUGAUUAUUUCCGUCUCUUUGUCACUGUGUCAGUGAAGGAGGGAGAUUCAGUCACUCUAAACGCUGAAAUAAAGGUUUAUCUGAUUCAGUGGAGGUUUGGAGACACUUUAAUAGCUUUAAUCGAUAAAUGGGUCAACAGAUUCACUGUAUAUGAUGAUGUUCUUGAUGGGAGAUUCAGAGACAGACUGAAGCUGGACAAUCAAACUGGAUCUCUGACCAUCACAAACACCACAAUGAAACACGCUGGAGAAUAUGAACUAUGGAUCAAACAUAUGCGUCUUGAUGUCUCUCUCGCUGUCAUUGUGUCAGUGACGGAGGGAGAUUCAGUCACUCUAAACGCUGAAAUAAAGGUUUAUCUGAUUCAGUGGAGGUUUGGAGACACUUUAAUAGCUGUAAUCAUUAAAGAGGACGACAUAUUCACUGUAUAUGAUGAUGUUCUUGAUGGGAGAUUCAGAGACAGACUGAAGCUGGACAAUCAAACUGGAUCUCUGACCAUCACAAACAUCACAAUGAAACAUGAUGGAGUUUAUGAACUAUGGGCCGACACUCUCAGCAGGCGUUCUUAUAUUCGUCUCAUUGUCUACGGUGAGUUAAAUAUCAGUUUCACGUGUUUUAUUUAUUACAGCUAGAUCUAAAGAAGUAUCUUAUCAUGAGUAAUGAGUUCAAAUGACUAAUUCUCUUACUUUCACAUGAACAGCAGGUUUAUAUUUAACUUUCUAUUCAAUAGUUUUAAAUGCUCUACUUUUGAUCAUCUUGGUUCCUCUGGAUGUUUCUUGAAUCUCUUCAUUCAUCCUCAUUUCUCUUUAUUCUCUCAUGUUUUCAGCUCGUCUGCCUGUUCCUGUCAUCAGCAGUAACUCUUCUCAAUGUUCUUCAUCAUCAUCAUCAUCAUCAUCAUGUUCAUUGGUGUGUUCAGUGGUGAAUGUGAGU